UGAUUUCCUCCUCGAAGACCACCAAACUCUCGCGAUGGUUCAGCUGCACAUUACCUGAAAAGCUGUGUCGGACUGUCGGUUGAUAAGCAGGCCGAGUUGUUGUUUGUCUCCGAGUCAAUCGGUUUCGGAAAUUAGGCAAUAUAGAUCUUGAUGCUCACUAUUUUCACAACAUAGAACAACAAUAAUAUAAAGAUGUCAGACGACCUAGUGAAACAGCUGAGCAGUUACAAGGCCCAACUACAGCAGGUGGAAGCUGCCUUGUCUACCGACGAAGACAAUGAAGAUCUGCUCAAACUACAGAAAGAUUUACAGGAAGUCAUUGAGUUGACUAAGGACUUGCUUGCAGCUCAGCCGGUUGACAGCACGUCCAGUACCAACAGCUCAGACGCAGCUCCGCUGAAACACAACUGGAAGGUUGGCGAUGGCUGUAUGGCUGUUUGGAGCCAGGACGGACAGGUGUACGACGCUGAGAUCGAGGAGAUAGACGAGGAGAACGGCACGGCGGCCAUAACCUUCAUCAGCUACGGCAACGCAGAGGUCAUCCCCCUGCAGCACCUCAAGCCCCUGGAGGAGGGCAAGCUCCGCGAUGAAGACGGCAAGCCCAAGUCAAGGAAAGAGCAGAUAGCAGAACAGAGGGAGUAUAAGAAGAAGAAAGCCCAGAAGAAGGUCCUGAGGAUGAAGGAGUUGGAGCAGGAAAGGGAGGACCAGAAGUCGAAGUGGCAGCAGUUCAAUAACAAAGCUUACUCCAAGAACAAAAAGGGACAGGUUAAAAGGAGUAUAUUUGCAUCUCCAGAAAGUGUUGACGGCAAGGUAGGAGUGGGAACGUGUGGUAUCGCAGACAAACCAAUGACGGUGUACAACGACACAUCGAAAUUCAACGUCAGACAUUUAAUGCCCCAGUGACCCGUCGUGUUGUGUAAAUAAUGUUCAUCCAACUGUAUACUGGCUGGGUCGAUGUUUCCAUGUGGUCAUAUGAUUUACGUUCCUUGAGUCUUGGAGAAUACAUUUCUGUACACCAUUGCUUGAUUUACUGAAGUACUUUUUUAUAUUAUAUAGACAAAGCGGGAAAAAAGUUUUAAAUCUUGGACAUUUUUUGUAAAGGAAAUAAUAGAUACCUGAUUUUCACCAUAUUCACCAGUUGUGUAUGUAUGUGGAGACCACAGAAAACCAUACAUGUGGCUGGGAUUGUGUAACUUAUUUAAUUGGUUGCUGCCUGUAUUAAGAAGUCGAUGUUUGUCGGUUGGACAUGCCAUGACUUUGUCGUUUUGUGAGGCCUGCUUUACGAUGCAGAAUUUUAACAAAACCAGACUUGUUAUUUUUUUGUACAUCCAUUAUUAAAAGACAAUUGUUUCCCUUCCAAAAUAUUUAUUCUCUUCAAUUUGUUUCUGCUCAUGGGUAAACUUAAAACAGGGUAGGUAACACUUCUCAUCAGGCAUUUCAGAACCACACGUUGGUUGAGUGAGUGAAAACCCUUGUUUUGACUGAUUUAAGGGUUAAUAUUAUGCAGAAAUGGAAAGUUAACCCGCCAGCGGAAGAAAAAUAAUUUGGAUCAAAGCAAUAACCCAUUUGGGAUUCACUGAAAAUAUAGUAAACCAAUCAAGUUAACCCCCACACCAUACAAACAUACCACUUCUGACCAGCGUUGCGAGUGUGAUAUUUUUAUUAUGAUUCCAGGGACAGCUGUUAGGAACCAUAGCAUACAAGCAGGGAAGGGAACCAGCAGUAUGUUGUGCAGAAGCCGCCUCCGAUUGGCUGAUUUGUAGCACACAGGAACAUCCUUGGUGUGCUUUCGACGGUCAAGUCUUCUUCAUAGUGCAUUUUACAAUUUUCCCCCAAAUAACAAAAUGUGGAAAAAGACUUGAUAGCAAGGACAUUUGUGCAAUUAAGUCAAUUAGCCAUGUUAAGACACAUUUGGUGGUGUUGGUGAUCUACAUCAGACUCGUUUCACAAUAGUUUGUAGAUAGGUGGUGGUAUACUCAAAUGUAUUUGGUUUUCUUUGGGUAGAGGAGGUUACCAGUGCAAUUGGGUGUGUGUAUAUAUAUAUAUUUUUAAUUCAUGGGUAGUGUCGAAAGGAAUAUUCCAACGUAAUAAUACGUUUCGGCUACAAUAGAAAAAGAUGCGACUGAACAUACAAUUAAAUGGUUAUUUUUUCUCUAAUGUUCAUGCUCCAGACAUCUUUGAAGACUUGUAAAAUCAUAGCAUAAAACUUACAUGAAAAGAUUACAUUCAAAACACAUGCACCAUAGCUUUUGUUCAUUACAAUCAUUUUUUUUCUCUACCAGUGAUUAUGUUCUGGUACCAUUGUAGCAAAUACAAAAAACAUUGAAUUUAAUUUUGGGUUGGGGCAGGUGGUGUGCCAAAUACAGCCAACCGUACAAAUUUGGACAACUUAUUGCUCGACUCUUGUGCUUCG